AUGUGCAGGGAAUUGGAUGGGCGAAAUUAUGUGACCUCCAUCAUUGGCACUCGUAUUCGAUCCAUUCUGGAAUCCGUCAGCAACCCUCAAAUGGUUGUCAUUCAUGCGUUGUGGUACAUCUCUAAGAUUACCACGGCAGAAAUAGGCCAAGGGAAUGAUUUCCUAGGAGUCUCGAUCUUCAACCACCUCCACUGUUGUGGCGCGGCCACUUUCGACGAACUUCUCUUCUCCGCUUUCGUUGUCGUUGCAAGGUUGGCCGACAAACUGGUCAACGACUCUUGCCUCCCGAGUAAGACAUGGGUCAAGACAACCGCAAUUCCUUCCUGCACCCUCACUAAUGUUGAAAAGACCGCGCUGGCGUCCCUCGGCUAUCUCGGGUACAUCCCCAGUUCUUCAUUGCAUAGCUGGGUGCUUGGGCUUCGUAUCUCCUCUAGCCAAUUCUCUAGCGACAAAAGUGUCGUCAUAUUUCGCGUUCUUGAUGAUGUGCUCGCUGUCAAUGAAGCUACAGAUGUCAAUACGACUUUUAUCCGAUACCGCGGUCGGAAGAAGAAAAUUGCUGCAGCGCCCCGCCAGGACCCUCUGAUGAUCCAUGCACCCACUCCGGUCAAGCCCUUGACCUGUCUCCCGGACCCCAGUGACUGGUGUCCUGAGGCAGACCCCAUCGUCAAUAAGAACCCUCGUACGAUGGGCAUUGCCCCGGGCAGUCACAAUUUUGCACCUGAAUCGAGGCAGCCUACGACAGCGUUGGAUUUACUGGAAUUCAUUACCCAAGGGACCUGGGGUGCCGCAGUUGGGGGUCCUUUGAGCACCAUUGGUGCGCAUUUGGCCCAUUCUGUAGGUCGUUAUGGCCCUUGUCAGACCACUCUUGGGUGA